GCGUUCUCAGGGGUCUGUGGUGUUGAUGUUGAUGUUGCUGUUGAUAUUGCUGUUGCCCCGGUGAAGUAAUUUUCACGGAAACUCUCAACCUCAUCGCCCACCACAACAACACACUGAGAUCUCCGGACAGCUUAAGCAAAACAUCGCCACGAUGAUCAAACGGCUCACAAGACAGCUCUCUUCAACCGCUGCUGUCUCCAAGGAGCUGACACAGCGGUCCAGAGCUACCUACGAGGGAAAGACGAGGCCCUUGUCGUCACAUAACAGAGCUCAAGACACAUCACGAGCCAAGGACACUGGCAGGCCUUCACAGAACAGGUUCAGACGGCCAAGGACUGCGUAUACCAAGCAGUAUGCCGCUCAUAUACUCUCAAAGCUAACAGGAGAGAAGAUACCACAGCACUCCAUCGGUCCCACUUCGAAUGAAGAUACAAGAUUCAUACCGAUGGUGAAAGAUAGGCCAAGCUUGCUGUACACCAUCUUGGGCAUCACUGAAAACCAGCUGAAGGACUCUGUCAUCGUGGACAAGACUGUGAAGAGGUUCUUAGACAGGGACCAGAUCGAGAAGGCGAUCAAGACGUGUCAUUUGGCGAAGGACAAGGGUACCGUUGCCAUGAAUAGAAUACAUGCGUGGUACAUCUCGAAAGGUCGCAUUACAGAGGCCAUUGAUCUCUACAAUAGGAGAAAGAAGUAUGGGAUUCUACCGAAUGGUGCCACGCUAACCACCAUCUUCGACGGAUGUGCAAACUCGCAGAGGUUGACACCACUGCAGGUUGAGAAGAUUGAAAAGAUUCUGUUGGGCUACAAAGAUCAGUUGAACUACUCGCACGUACACAGUGCGUUCCAGGCCAUGUUGAACUGCGAUGAUAAAUCAACAGCACUUGAACUGUUCAACAAGUGGUCUGAAACCCCUUGUUUGAAGCAAAUCCAUCCUACUUCACAGCUCUACACGAUCUUAAUAGAAGGUUUAAUAGGCAUGGACGACGUUACUCAGCACAUGAAUUUGGAGUAUAUAUGGGGGAAAGUGUUGCAAUUGCCCGCUAAGCAACGAGAUCCGAUGCUCUAUGAAGCAUAUGUCAAUGCCUAUCUCAACAUGCAUAGAAUGGAUCUGGUGACAAGAGGUUUCACUGCUGCGUCGAGCUAUUUCUACAUUGAUACAACACAACCAAAGAUCAUGAAGGAGAAGAGUAGGUUCCAAGUACCGAAGGACGCUUUGGAGUUGAUGGCAAUAAAACCACUGGAAAGGAAGUACCACCCGUCCCAAAGACUCACGGAUUUGUUGAUGAAGACCUACAUGCAACUGGGAGAUUACGCAUGUGCGUUGGAUAUCUUUGAACAGUUCAAAUCGAGUGGUAAAGUGAACGACUUGGGACUAUGGAACAGAUGCAUCAUCUGUCACACCAACAUGGACAAAGCGCACGCAGGCAGUAAGGCUGUGGAAAUAUACAAGUCAUUGAAGACGCUAGCACCACGGGUCAGACCCAAUGGUGCAACUAGAUGGCUAGUAUUGAACGCGAUAUAUACAGAGUCAUUGUCGCAUCUGAAUGACCAAGGACGGUACUGUAUCGGAGCCAAGGCCGAAGAGUUGUACGACUUGAGUACGCAGUUCUUGAAUGACAUAGACACCGUCACUGCACAGGAGCUUGAAGGGUACCUGAAGUCCCUAACGAGGCUGAGGCUGACUAGGACACAGAGAAGAGAUAUUCUGAAAGUAAUAGAGAAGCACAAGCCUAACUUUGAUGCAGAGUUGAAGAGAUGUGCUGAUCGUAAGAAGCAGAAAGAGUACAUCAACAAAGUGCUAAAGACUGAAAAGCUGCUGAGACAGAAGGAAGAGAUGAAAACGGCUUUGAAUGGCACAUAAUGACGGGGGUAGACAUGUAUAUAGAUCUUAUUUCAAAGCACAUAUGAAGUGAUUGCUACUGAACGAGCA